AUGACUUCUCGAAUCACCAUAUCUCCACCUCUCCUAAAUACAUCCACACCCUGGGCAACCACCUUAUCAGACCUCCAAGCUAUAUACGAUAGCGAAUCGACUGGCGCGGUCACGACCCGUACUUCUUUCCCGGUCACAGGAUUCCAGGAUGACCCUUCUAUCCACCAACAUGCAUUCCUCCCAAACUCAUCAUCUCUAAACACCUACGGAUACUCCCCACACCCGCUUUCCUACUAUCUCACAUCAAUAGAAUCAAUCAUCACCUCCUCGGACCUCCCUCAAUCAAAGCCCUUCAUCAUUUCAAUCACUGGCACAUCCGUAGAAGUCACUUCCUCGGUUUCCACAAUUUCAAAAUGGGCACACGAAAAGAGAUUCAAAGUUUACGCUGAAAUCAACCUUUCAUGCCCAAACAUCCCAAACAAACCGCCACCAGCUUAUUCCUCUGCAGGCCUAAAACCAUAUCUACAAGGGUUAUCAAACCUACAGCAAUCUUUGGAUGUAACUAUGGUACCGGUGGGGAUCAAGACGCCGCCGUAUACCUACCAAAAUCAAUUCGACGAGUUGAUAUCCGCCGUAGAAGGAUUCCCUGAAAUAUUGUCGUUUAUUACUGCUACCAAUACGUUGGGGAAUUCUUUAUUCUACGAAUUUGACCUACCAACUACAAAUGAGGGAGAAUUGACCCCAAUAAUUGCGUCUGCAUCGGGCACCGGGGUAGGCGGACUAGCCGGGGAGAGUAUUCACCCUUUGAGUUUAGGUAAUGUGUUUACCAUUAGGAAUAUGCUAGACAAGAGUACACAUGAAAAUGUUAAGGACAUAAUAGUUAUUGGAGCUGGUGGGGUUGGAGACCAAGCAGGAUACAAAAGGAUGAGGAAGGCAGGGGCGGCAGCAGUUGGGGUUGGAACUGCCUUUGGGAGGGAAGGAGUAGAGAUUUUUGGGAAGAUACAUGGUGCUGGUGCAGAGCUAAUUUAG